AUGAAGACCGCAGCAGAACUCUUUUAUGUGGCUUUCUUCUCGUUGUUGAGAACUUCGCACGCCGCAGAUCCUGAGACAGCCUCGACGGCACAUCCAUCUAUUCCAGAUGUUUGCGCGAUAUCCUCCAAGUCAAUUGUGUCUGAUGCUUGCGCCUCCUACUCUACCCUCGACAACCUUAGUCGAGAGCUACAACCCUUCCUCAACGACAUUACGCAAAAUACCGAUUUCUUCGCAUACUAUCGUCUGAAUCUCUUUGGCAAGGAGUGUCCUUUUUGGAAUGAUGAGAGUGGCAUGUGUGGGAAUAUCGCAUGCGCUGUGAACACCCUGGACAACGAAGAAGAUAUUCCGGCAAUAUGGAGAGCGGAGGAAUUAGGAAAGCUGGAGGGCCCGAAAGCGGAACAUCCUGGCAAACAUUUACAGGAAAAGCGAGGGCCGCAGAGGCCGCUCCAGGGCAUGCUGGGCGAAAGUGUCGGAGAAAGUUGCGUCGUUGAAUACGAUGACGAAUGCGACCAGCGAGACUAUUGUAUUCCGGAGGACGAGAGCGCUGGAUCAAAAGGAGACUAUGUUAGUUUGGUGGACAACCCGGAGAGAUUCACGGGUUAUGCUGGAGAGGGAACCAUGCAAGUUUGGAACGCUAUCUACAGGGAGAAUUGCUUUUCAAAGGAAUCCUUCCCCAAGUCGGCGUCCCUUGGUUCUUCGCCAUUUUCGCAGAAAGGUCCUGCGAUAAGUGAACUUCAAAAUGUCAUCCGGGAACGUGGACGUCAGCAAGUUCUUGAGGAACACCAGAAGCACACCCCAAACACACCCUUCGUUACCGAAUCUGGUCUUGAGCACGAGGAUCAAUGCUUGGAGAAGAGGGUUUUCUACAGAGUGGUUUCAGGAAUGCAUACUUCCAUCAGUACUCACCUCUGCUGGGAACAUCUGAACCAGACGUCGGGAGAGUGGGGGCCCAAUUUGCAAUGCUACAAAGACCGUCUGCACGGAUUCCCGGACAGAAUAUCUAAUCUGUAUUUCAAUUACGCUCUUGUCUUACGAGCUGUUACGAAACUCGGACCGUACCUCAAAGAUUAUACGUUCUGCUCAGGGGAUCCGGCGCAAGAUCGCGCUACGAAAGAGAAAGUACAAGCACUUACCGCGAAAGCCGGAGCUGUACCUCCAAUUUUUGACGAGACCCUAAUGUUCGUUAAUGGCGAAGGCCCAAGCUUGAAAGAGGACUUCCGCCAACGAUUCAGAAAUGUCAGCCGGAUCAUGGACUGUGUUGGCUGCGAUAAAUGUCGACUCUGGGGUAAGCUGCAAACUGCCGGUUACGGAGCUGCACUGAAAGUCCUGUUCGAAUUUGACAAUGAUUCAAAUGACAUCCCCAUGCUCAAGAGAACAGAAUUAGUGGCGCUUUUCAACACGCUUGCACGCAUUACCAAAUCGCUCGAGGCUAUCGCAAAAUUUAGAACUAUGGUUGGGGAUGCGGAGCUAGGUUCGAGUGGCGACGUGGAGGACAAGGUGUUCCCUGACAGAGUCACAAAGCCACACAAUGUGGUGCCUAAGCCCGAUCACAAGGGAGAGCACAAAGACCACACAGAGGCCGACUUCGUGGAGCAUGAAAGGGAAACGUUGCGCCGGAAGAGACUACCAGCCAACGCUACUUUCUCCGAACUUCUUAAAGCCGAGUUAGGUCUCACAUGGAAGGUGUUUAAGUACGUGAUCAAGAGUUGGAUCACCUUUCCAAAACAUGCAUGGGAGAUCUUCGUACUUGAAGCCUCCAGAGCUUGGAAUAAUUACAUUGGCUUGCCGGUCCGCCAGAGGACGUGGACUUUCAGACGGCCUGUUUUAGAUGAGCUAUGA